AUGGCCAGACCGCCCGGGGCGGCGGCAGAGCGCGGGCUGCCCACCCAGGGACGGGGCGUGCUGAGCCCGGGGACCUACAACCUGAAGUGCUUCGCGUGCACCAUGAUCAACACCUUCACCUGCCGGAACCUGGUGGAGUGCGUGUACGAGAUCCGCCGCUGCUUCACCGUGUCCAUCCGCCUCAACUCCCGCGAACUGCUCGUUUACAAGAAUUGCACGAACAACUGCACGUUCUUGUAUCCGGAGCAAGUCCCCGGCGAGACCCCCCGGAAGGUGAAGACCACGCAUUUCUACUUCGUGCGCUGCUGUGGGGGCAUGCGGUGCAACGACGGGGGGCCCACCAACCUGGAGCGGGACAUCCUGCCCGAGGAGACCGUGGAGGAGGAGAUCGAGGCGGCCGAGCGCCUGGGCGGGCCCGGGCUGCUGUUCAGCCUGGCCUCUCUGCUGGCCAGCAGGGCGCUGACCUGA